UAUAUUAGAAGUAAGUUUGUGUUAUUAUUUUAGGUCAGCUAUUUUUCUGAUCUAUGGACACGACUUUAAAUCUAUAGAGGUAUGGAUGUUCUAUUGCGAGCUAAUGUUUAUGUUUACCAAUAGUCCUAUUAUAUGGGGAACAUCAUGAUGAUCUCUUGGUUGCAAAUGGUCCUAAUAAUAGAAUGAGUUACACAUAUUCAUAUACCAAGCAAUUUCUAGAAAGUCAGUAUAAGUUGCUCAAUAAACCGUUAACUUUAACAGACUCUAUUAACGGUAUUAUAGCAAAUGAUAAAGAUCUUUAUCCAUAUCAGCCAUCACUAGAUAGAGUCAAAUUUUCAAAAAUACUAGGUAAGGUAAAUGUACAGAUACGGAAAUAUAAUAGUCAUAAUUUCAAUUCACAAAUAUCGAACCAAAUCAUUCAGCAAGUAUUGAAAUUAGAGUCAUAUAAAGCCUCAAUUGUUCAUGAAAAAUUAUCAAAGAUAAAUUCAAUCUUAAACCCUUUAUUGAUAUCUUUACAAUAUAUACUGGGUAAUCAUACUGUAAAUAAUCAUGGCAUUUCUAGCAAGUUAGAGGAAUUCAAAUUGUUGAUUGAAGAAUUACCUGAUUCAAAGUAUCUUUUAUUAGAAGUAGAUGCUUCUUCUGAUGAAGAGAUAGAGUCAGAAGAAGAAGUUGAAGGAGGUGAAAAAGAUAAUGAAUCUGGUAUACUUAUACAGGAUGAUCAACCAGUAAUACAAUUGGAUAAAGUGUCAGUAGGGAAGGGUAAAAGAACUUUGAAACGUCAACUUCUUAAUCAAGUGAAGGAACAUCAACAGAAUAAAUUGGAAUCUCAUCGGGUUUUACUUGAACAAUAUGAUACAUUGAGAUCAAAUCUAACUCAAGCAUAUGAUUCACUUGUCUACAAGUACGAAAAGUUACAAUAUCUUAAGAAUCUCCGAGAUAAUCUAAGAAAUAUAAUUGGUGACGUUAAAGAAAAGAGGGACAUCGAUGGUUCUACCAAUUCUCGCUUAGGAAUUUAUGAUAGUGAUGAAGAGGAUAAUGGCACCUUACAAAUACGAAAUCAAACAGAUGACAUUGAAUAUAGUAAUGAGAGUCUAGUUCAUGAGAUCAAUAAAUUUCGUGUGUUGAUUGAGAAGACAACUUAUAAUUUUAAUAGGAGUAAUGAUGAUAGUAGUAUUACGCUAAAUAAUCAUAACAACGAUAAUUUAAGACUGGUAAUCUCAUCAGUAAAUAAUGAAAUAGAGUAAUAGUUUAGAACUACAUGACAAGCAAUUUAAUUUUACCUUUUUUAGCCUUUUUUAUUUAUAUGAUAGAAGAUUAUGAAGAAUUAAUAA